AUGAGCCGGCCCCCUUCCCCGGGCGCAAGCCAGGCUGCUCCAGAGACCCUCCUGGGUGACCUCCUCAGCUACUACCGGGAGUGGGCAGGGGCGGGCCGGCUCCGAGUCUGCAGACAGGCAGCCCUCACCCACAGGGCGCAGCGGCUCUUGGACACAGUGGCCCCUCCUCAGCUCUAUCUGCCUGAGGAUGUGGGCCCUGAUCUGGGGGCCACUCACUCCCAGGGGAUGCCCAGCUCUGCCCAGCACGUCUGCCACAAACUGGUGCAGGCACUAGAGUUCCUGGAGCUCAUCUCUGUCAACCUACUUCUGUUUCCCUGGAGGAAGGAAAUCAGGUCCCUGAAGACAUACACUGGGAACUUCGCCUACUGGGUGAGGCCUGUGCUUUCCGAGCACACCCUGCGCACCAUUCUGGGCAGGCUGGGCUAUGUGGCCACCUCCGAGGCUGAGUUUUCACUGGUCCAGGCCACCAGCGAGGAGGACACCAAGCAGACGGUUUUUGAGAUCUUCCUGGCGAGAGUUGCGUGUGAGGCUGUUCUGGGAACCUCGGGUGGGCAGGUCCUCGGGCUGGGCAGAGAGAAACUGGCCAGGCCCCACCACAGGCACAGCUUGGAGAGAAGGCCGGGGAAGGCUCGUACCUCUCUCGAGGGGGCGAAGCUAGGCCCAGACCCCUCAGAAGGGGUGGGGUCUGAGAGGGUCCUGCCCGAGGGCCCUGAUGACCAGAGCUCUCUGCAGGUGACCCUGAGCCUGCCUGAGGUCUUAACAACCCCCUACAGCCCCCUUACUGGCCCCCAGGUCCCCCUGGGCCCCCAGUGCCAUGCCAGCACAGGCUCGGACAGUGAGGAGUUCCUGACCUGCUACAGUGACCUUGUCCUGCACCGGACACCAUUGUUCCCCCAGGACCUUCCCCUGAGCAGCCCAAAGGGACACCAACUGCAGGGCCCCGCUCUGACCCCCGGCCCACCUUCAGGUGAGGCAGUCAUCUGCUCAGGUAUCAGCGGUGAGCAGCCCCUGGUCCUUGACGCAGCUCCUGAGAGCAGAAGAGUCACCAUCCCCAGCCUGCUCUACCCAACACCAGGUCCCCAACAGUCAGGGAAGUCCUUCGAGCCCGAGCCAGAAGCACAGCCAGAGCUGGCCACCUGUGGCACCGACACUGCGCCUCCAAACACCACCUCUGAGAUGGACGAGCUCUGUGAGCGCCUCUCCCACCUCCUCAGACCCCCAACUCUAGCAGGACGUCCCAGGGGCUUCCCCAGCCCUGGGGGUGAGGAGAACGGACAAUCAGAGCCUCUCGUGGAGCCAGAGCCAGCCAGUGAGGGUGGCAGCCCGGAGAAUGGGGUCAUUUGGCUCUGGAGGUCUACUCAGGCCCCCUCUCACAUACGAGAGCCCCCCAGCACUCAUUAUGUCCCCCCAGAGGGGCUGGAGAUGCCUGUUCCCACGCGAGGACACCACUCAAGCAACAGCUGAGGCUGUCACACCCUGGGUAGUACAGGGCAGACACUCCGACCAGGGAGGUUGCUCUUCUACCAGGAAGAAGACUGUGGAGAGAGGUAGUAGAUCUGGUGCCACAGCAGGGGGAGUAGCAGCCAAACACACGGCUUGUCAGGCACAGGGGCAAUCUGCAAAUCCCAGCUGGUCUCGAGUUCCAGCCCUGCCACCUACUGACUGUGUGACUUUUGGCCACUCACUCCACCUCUCUGAGCCUCGUUUACCUCGUCUGUAAAGUGAAUGUGGUCGGACCUACCUCCCAGGAGGCUGGGAAGAGUUAGUGAGGUGAGGUGUGCAUGGCGCCCCUCAGUGCUAACCUCAGGAGGCUUCUUGUCCCUUUCACAUCCCAGCUCAGCGUGUGACAUUGAGCAAGUCAUCUUGCAUCUGAGCAGCAGUUUCCCUCAGCAUCCUUAAGGCAGCUGUCACAGGGCAGAUUAAGAGAAGAGAUGGGUAGACAACCAGAUAUGUUGUAUGCCCUUAAUCCAUUAGGGUCCACUGUCAGCCUCCCUUUUCUCUCAGCUAACUUCUGGAUGAACAAGAACAAAAACACACUUAGGAACUCAGGGUCAGCUCACACCGCUGCUCUCCUUCCAGGGGUCAGGGGCUCCACCUAUCUGGGCUGCAGGGGCCAAGACUGAGCCUGGAGUGGGGGCACCCCCUCCACUAGCCACCUCCUGCCCCCAUAUAUGCACAUACGUGUGCAGACUUGCACACAAGUGGGUGCACUUGACGUGGCACAUGCACACACGUUAGGCAUACCUCAUUGGUACCCGGACAGAGAGAGCAUCCUCCUCUUGCAGCCAAGAGCCUCUCUGUGGGGUGGCAGGUGGCACUGACCCACGGCUGGCCCUUCAGCUGCCCAUCUGUAAGAUGGGGAGGAUGGCCCCUGCCUCCCAGAGAGGUGCUGAGCAGUAAAGGUUAGGUAGGCGAAGGCGCUUUCUGGGCAUACAGCAGGUGCUUAAUAAAUGUUGGUGCCUGCCUUGCUCUCCCCCAGAGCUGAGCAUAUGACCUCAUCACUUUUAGUUCCUAAAAUUAAGGGGGACCCCAGGUGGGAAGGAUUUAAGGAGCAUUGGUCCCACCUCACUCCCAGUCAGACAGCUGUCUACUGAGCCAGCCCCUACACAGAGUUUUUGAGACAAAUCCAUCCACCCACCCACCCGUCCCAAUCACUUAGCACAGCACCCAGCAGUCGACACUCAUGCUGGCAAGUUGUCAGUGUCUGGAGGCCAGAGUUGGGUUGGGGACAGACCCCAGGCACAGCCUCCAUCCUGGGGAAGGAGAACAUCAGGUACAGACUGAGCUGGAGGCAGAGGGGGUCAGGAACCUCAGGAGAAGGGAUGAGUCAGGAGGGGCCACUGACCAGCACCCAGGGCUUAUCCCUUAGGGCACCUAGUCCUGGGUCUGACCCACAGCCCCUGCCCAUUCUUUAUUCAUUCUUCUCUGAUCAUUAACAUAAUAAGCACGCUCAUCCCCAAACCAAAACAGAGCUUUUGCUUCCCUUCCAAACUCCCCCCGUGUUCCCCAUCCAGGUAAAUGACUGCCACCAUCUAUUCGAAAGCUGAAACCCAAUGGAGAAAUCAUCCUUGACUUCUCUCUCUCUCUCUCACAUCCGUUAUCCAACCCAUCACUCUGUCAGAACAGAGCCCGAAUCUGACCGUGUCCCUCCUCCUUCCACAUGGCCCGAGCCACUUGUCUGAGCUGCCAUGGUCUCUCACUCAGAUCCCUGGAGGUUGGCAGCCCCCUCCAUGGUCUCCCAGCUUCCGCCCUCAUCCCCUUGCAGUCAGCUCCAUCCAACCGCCAGAGUCCUGUUAAAACCAAAGCUUCAUUAUGACUCUCACAUGUUCCAUUCCUUCCAUGGGCUCCCAAGGCCACACCAAGCCCCAUACUCUUGGCCCCUUGCUAUCCUUCUGACCUCAUCUCACACCCCUUUCCCCCCUAGCCCACUGCAGCCAAGCCACACUGGCUUCUUCUAGGUUGUCCCACAAGCUCA